UCGUAGUAUGCUGCCAGGAUCAAGAACGAAAACAAGGGUGUGACCGAGAGUAGAGAAAAUAUGUUUUCCUCUUCAAUUUUGUGAAAGAAAAAGUGGAAAAUUUCGCCUGCCAGACCACUUGCAGUGUUCUAAUUAAUAGCACAAAAAGUGUGUAAGCGUGCAAUGAGUGCCGGAAAUAUGAAGUACGGGCUUAAUUAGUACUAGAAGGAUAAUUAAACUGGAUUGAGGUGCACGAAAGAAAAAAAAUCAAGUGAAUGAUGACUUAAACUUUGAGUGGGUGCUCUUCCUUGGCGAAUGAGACUUUUUCCUUACCACACUCGUCCUGGCCCUGAUCCUGGCCGUCGUGACGUCCUUGUUGUUCCCAUUCCCUUACUUCUGCACAAAAGGAUAUCGAUGGUUGUGCAAAGGAUGGCGAUUUUCACCCGAUUGAAAUCUUCCACCUCAGAAGCGAUAAAAAUGUGAAUCAUCAAAGGAAAGUGUAUUGAUUCAAGAGUCAGUCCCCAGUUUGCAUAACUGAGAAGACAGCAAGCGCGUUCGUUGUCGGUCCAAAGUUGAAUCACUUAUCUGCGGCCUAGCAGAAGCCUGGAGUGUUGUUUAGUGUGAGUGUGUGUGUUGUGUGAUUUAUUGCCAGUGCCAUGCAGGGUUCGACGCCUCCAAUAUCGGGGUACUCGGGGUACCCCGAAGACGACGAUCAAUAUAAGGUGCCACUGAUCGCCAAACUGCUGCAUGCAUUACCUCACUACAACAUCACUUUCCAUCGGAUUAACAACACUUUUCGACCGUCAAACGAUGUCUACCUAGAGAGUCUUGGUAUCCUGGGAUCGAUACCGGCGGCAUUGUUAAUAGUAUCACUUUUCGGGCUUCUGCUGUACCUCUUGACACGAUGUUGCGACCGUAAGCCCCGACCGGCCCAUUCAAUUACCAGCCUCAAAGUUACCCUCUCCAUCGUGACGGUCCUGUGCUGUGCCGCCAUCGGACUGGGCCUCUAUGGAAAUGACGAUUUGCACAAUGGCUUGCUGGAAGUGUUGCAAGCCGGGCGCAAGGUGGAUACCGCCGUCUCAUCGGUGCGCAAUCAAACGUUCAUCUUGGAGAACACUCUCACGAUGAAAAUCCAACAGCAGCUCACGGAGCUCGAAGAUAUAUUCGAUGGAAAGACCAAUAACAACACUGCACUGCUGCAGUUGCAAUCGGCGCUGGCAGCCACCAAGGGGAAUGUGACCAUUGCGAAGAAUGCGGCCAACGAUAUCCGGCGGCCGCUGGUUGGAUUAACAAUAACGGAUUUUCUUUCGAAAGGAGACCAAUGGGAGCUAAUUCGAUGGCCAGGGACAGUUGCCAUUCUAGCGCUUCUGCUGGUGCUGUGUGCAGUUCUGCUGGUCGGAGUCGCACGUCACUCGCGAUGUGCCUUGAUUCUGUUCAGUGUUUGCGGCCUGUUGGCUGUAACCGGAUCUUGGCUCAUGUCGGGCCUCUAUCUGUCCACUUCGGUUGCCGUAGGGGACCUGUGUAACGAUCCGGCUGAUUUUCUCGUACAUCAAGCACCGAACGAGUUACCAUCGGACAUCCUCCUGUACUACACACAGUGCGACGUUUCGCGGUCAAAUCCAUUCACUCAACGACUCCGCGAAUCACACAAUGCUAUCAACAAUGCCCGGAACUCCAUGACCACCGUCUCGAAAAUAUCUCCGGUGCUAUUUAAAAACGCCGGACUAGGGCCUAAACUGGGAUCGGUCAAUGCGGAUAUUAAACUAUGCGAACGCAUUUUAACCCAGCUAACGGCGUUGGUCGACUGUAAAGCAGUUCACUACAGCUAUCUAAGCGCAACACGUGGCCUCUGCGAGGGGGGACUUUUGGGACUUGUGCUCAUGCUGGUCGCCAGCUUCAUGGCUGCUAUUUUACUCACUGUGAUGGUUUGGGUUGACUCACACACUUGGAUAUAUAUUAGAAAAAGGAACGACUAUGCUCAAGUAGAAGAACAAUCAUAUGUAUCUGCCCAUCAACUUCAUCCUCAAAACCAUCAGAAUAUGAAUACCAGAACACUGCCACAUCAACAUAAGGGCCCACCAGUGAUCAGUGGGUCCCACACAUUGGCACAUCCAGGCCGAAACCCUAAGCAUGAAAUGACCCCUCAGCAGCAGGCCCAUAUGCAUCAUCAUCACCAAGCCAUGAUGCGACAAGGAGGAACACAUACCCUCGGAAGGCUACCAUCACACAAUAACAGUCCAACACACAUGCAUGGACCAAACAAUGGCAAGUACGCCACCCUGAGCAAGCACUGCAAGACACUUGAUGCAAAUGAUUUUUACUGAAGUUACGCCGCCUGUAACGAUAAAAAAUAUCACCCGCCUAAUAUUCAGCAACAUUAUCAUACGCUAAGCCAUCAGCAACAACAACAGCUGAUGCAACUGCAAAUGCAACACCAACAACAACUACAACAGCAGCAACAGCAGCAACAACAG